AUGCGAUCAGUGUGGAUCCAUGGAAGCUAUAUGAAAGCAUUAGAACAAGAUGUCCUACGCAGCGCCCUUGAAGUUCAGGACGAGCUAUUGGGCCCCACUGUCGACUUUGCCCCAAAAAGACCAUCUAAUCAGCUCGAAGCCUACGAUCCUUUCACCGAUUUGUCAAUUGACGAUCGAGAUACGCUACAUGCCAUCAAUGGCUUAACGAACUUAUCUUGGUUUUAUCAUUCGCCUCUGCAAUACUGGUCAUCUUCAUUGGAGAAAAUAGCAUCAGACGAAGACAUCAUUUCUACUGUCAAUGCAAAGUCCAACCAAUCAACAUCGGUCAAUGUCACUCUUCGACAUUCUAUUGUCUUUAGUGGCAAGCGUUUCGAAGAUCACAGACUCGUUGCCGCAGAUGCUCUGGUCAUUACCCUGAUCCAUAUGCUGGAUUCCCCUGUGGGGCGACAAUGGGAGCGUAAGGCUGAGCAAUUGGCACUCCGACACGGCGGAAAAUGGCAAACCUUCCCCGCUGAAGGACGGUCUUUAAUCAGCACAUUAUACGAGUUCCGAUUUCAGCCACUUUCUUUGAAUGACGAUGUCUGGCUGGCAUCGGUGUAUAGUCUUAUGGCAGUGUACGUCAUCUUCAACAUCACCAGGUUCGCUGCGUUGAAAUCCCGAGCUGGUCUACUUCUCGCCGUUGCGACCCAGAUGGCAGUCUCUAUUAUGUCAAGCUUCACUGUCUGCGCCGUUUGGAAGAUCGACCUCUCACACAUGCCUCGAGCAGCAUAUCCUCUUGUCAUCAUGGGAAUUGGGCUGGGUAAUAUUUUCAACCUAAUCAACGCCGUGAACUUGACCCCACCCUCAGCCCCUAAAGAUGUUAGAAUUGGCGAAGCGCUCGGUCAGACUGGGCACAUUGCACUAACUUCUUUGGCCUUGAAUGCAUCUUUGCUCUAUAUGACAUACAAACUCUGCGAAAACUUCCCGCCAAUUGUCGCACUCUGUGCCUUUGCAGGCAUCGCCAUUCUAUUCGACUUUUUCUAUCUCUUGACGUUUUUCACUCCUGUUCUUAGUGUUGACAUACGUCGAACAGAAUUAAGUGAUGCUUUGUCACGGGCAUCAACAAGGAAUGGCACUUCUUUUACACCAGUAUCCCAGCCGCGAAAAACAUGGUUUGGACCUUUUUUUGAUGGAAAUGCGUCAACCAGAAUUGCUGGACCUAUUGUGAUGGUAGGAUCGAUACUCAUGGCACAAUUGCAUUACGAAUCAUGGAGCCAAACGAUUUUGCGACUCUUUAUGAUCUGGACAUCGUAUGCACAAACGGCGAGACCUGCUGCAGUUUCUCAUCUGUCUGUCGAUAUCAAUCAAGCAAGGACACCAACUGCGUGGCUUCAAAUGCAGGAUCACGAAACAGCCCACGAAGUCAUUCAGGUAGUCAAACCACACGCCACGAGUUAUAUCGCCAGGGUCUACGAUCCCCUUAUUUUCGUCUUAGAAGGAUCAAAUCGAACGCGGAAUGAUCAGGGUAUUCGACGGUUCCUGCCUGCUGCUUAUGACUUUGCGAGGAACCAAUUCACCGCUUUCGUCCUUUCAGUCACGAUUAUAGUUGCUGCCGUUUGCCUCUUGAUGAACCAUCUGCUCUCGAACGAGCCUUCAGAGAAUGAUAGCGAGAAAAGAGAAGACGAUCCCCUUCUGUCUGUCAAAACUUUGAGUGGAGGUCAUAGUCUAGACAUCAUGCUACUGGCAACUUCACGAGAUGGGGUCUUGGCGACCGUCGGCUUGGAUAGAUGGAUUCGCAUUUGGGAUGUCCGCAAGGGAGUCAUGAGCUAUAUCGUUCGAGAUUUUGAGUCGAGCAUCGACCCGUUUCCAGUCUUAGCAGUGGCUAUUGACAGAGACUCGAACUGGCUGGCAAUUCUAUCUGGCAAAGAUCUGGUCUUCCUCUGGAACAUCCCGGAGAGAAGAUGGGGUCGAUCAAUGCAUGUUGAAAUGAAAGGACGUACUCCACUUACCUUCUGCUUUGGCCAUGACAAGGACGAAUUCGUCGACCCCGUUGUUGUUGUCCGCCAUAAUGGGCUUAUGACUGAGCUCCAUGUGGACGAUGAGUACAGCAGGCAAAUUCAGAUUUGCCGCAGUCCACUUGUUUGUGUUCGCCCGCACUUCGAGAAGCCACAUACCGGCAGUCCCGACCCGCCACCACGUCUCAUAACCUCUUCGAGAAAGGGAUGUGUUCACAUCGCAUCGCAGCUAGAGGAGGGAUGGGUGUCUAAUGAAUUAAAGGUCCCCGAACCCGAGGAUGACAAGGAGGUCGUAUCCAUUGUGCCAUUACCAGUCCUGAGCUGCUUUCUGGCUGUACGCAAGCAUUCGGUGGACCUAAUCGACAUCGGAACUCUGAACGUCACCCACACCUUUACGACCAGUCCAAUGAAACCAGAUUCGCUCCGAUGUUUUCAUAGCACACGUCGUCGACCCCAAUGUGGCUCGGUUGGCUUAGCAAGUCUUGCCAUCGCUUAUACUUGCGCAGAGACUGGAAACGUUAUCCUUCAGUCAUACCUCCCCCAACGCGAAGGCGAUAUCAUUUGUUUCCGGGAUCCAUUUACCCCCGGUAGUAAGACUUGCUGCUUGUGGCGUGAAACUGUUGAGAACAAGUACGUUGUGGAGAACCCUGGUCAAUGGGAAGCUCUUCAAGUUGGCUAUUUGGUGGGCAUUCGAAAGUGUGAGUCCAUAAUCAAGGAGAUGUCGCACCCAAUCGCAAAUACUGGCGUUCGCCGCAGAGGAGCGAGGCCAAACAGGCCUUCUUUAGAACGUCGAAACUCUGAGGACGAGGCAUGGGAGGUAUGGUCUAUUUCGUCAGCUGGCGCGCGUGCUACAACUCCCUUGUUUGGGUCCAAGGAUCGAGACCAUCUUUUGGUCAGUUCACUCGGUCCCUUGCAAAAGAUGGGCAAGAGCAGCCUUGCUGUCGCACUGGGAAAUAUCGUCAAAAUCAUCACUGUCGGCCACGAGAACUUUGACUCGGCAGAUAGCUCAAAUGACGAUUCGGCAUUCCUUGGGACGGCGUCAUCAGUGGGCAGACGAAAGAAGUUGCUGGGCAAUAGGAAAAAGACCCUGUGA